AUGAGGCGGGAUCACAUUAUUCUCUGUCUGUUUCUUUCUUUCUUUCUUUCUUUCUUUCUUUCUUUCUUUCUUUCUUUUAUGUUUAUAUCUCUUUCUCUCUCAUAUCUCACCCCAUCUCUCUUUCUCUCUCUCUCUUUCUCUUCUGUUUAUGUCUCUCUAUAUCUAUCUAUCUAUCUAUCUAUUUAUCUAACUUUCUUCAUAUCUAUCUGUCAUAGUCUAUUUUGUCUAUCUCUUAUUAUGUUAUUCUGUUCAUCUUACUCUCUCAUUCCCUCUCUCCCUCUUUCUCUCUAUCUAUCUCAUCUAUUUCAUGUGUCAUUUUUUCAUUUUACUCUCUCAUUCUCUCUCUCUCUCUCUCUCUCUCUCUCUAUCUAUCCCUGUCUAUCCAUAUCUCUCUGUCAUUCUGUUCAUAUCUAUCUCACAUUCAUAUCUCUCUAUAUUAUUCUGUCCAACUCCCCCACUCUCUCUAUCUAUCUCAACUAUUUUGUCUAUCUCUCUGUGUCAUUCUGUUCAUCUUACUCUCUUAUUUUCUCCUCUCUCUCUCUCUCUCUCUCUUUCUCUCUAUCUAUCUAUCUAUCUAUCUAUCUAUACCAGUUUCUUCAUAUUUAUUUACCUGUCAUUAUUCAUAUCUAUCUCAUUGUUAUUCUUUCUCUCCCCCAACACUCUCUCUCUCUCUCUCUCUUUAUCUAUCUAACUCUGUUCAUAUGUAUAUAUCUGUCUCUCUGUCUCGGUCUGCCUUCAUGUCUUUAUCUAUCUAUCUAUCUAUCUCAGAAUGUUCAUUUUCUCUUUGUUUAUUGA